UUGAUUGCUGAAAACAUUUAAUACAAAAUCACUCAGCAAAACAGACCAGGCGAAAAUAUGAAUACUGAACAAAAUUAUCUAAAAGCUGACUUGGACACUGACGUGGAGUUUCUCAAGGAUGCAAUUGAUAAAUCAAUAGUCUCGGGUCUUACCGUGGAGCAGCAGGCAUGCAAGCAGCUCUUGGAGUCUAUCUACGGCAGGGCCAAGCGACUCAUGCUAAAGGCUCAGAAAUAUGCGGAAGAUGAGCAGCGACAGGACAUUACACUCGCGGACUGGAAGAAGGUGCAAAGGUUGCUGCCGAAAAAGAGCAAGCUGCUGAGCAUCAAUGAGAAGAACGACAUCAUUGCGAGCCAAGACCAAGCCAUGCCAACGGCCACUACCACGGGCCCGUGCUCCCGGCUGAUGCUGCCGCCGCUGCGGCACUGCAAGUUGGGUCCCACGGUCAUCUUGAAGGGAAUGUCUCGUCUACAAGUUACUGCGGCACCACUGAAGAAAGAGAAGAACGACAUCAUUGCUAACCAAAAGCCGGACAUGCCAAUGGGCACUACCUCGGGCCCGUGUUCCCGGCCGAUGCUGACGCCCGUGCGCCAGUACAAGUGGGGUCCAACGGCCACUUUGAAGGGAAUGUCGCGUCAUGCUUCUCAUGCGAGUGCUGGGGUUGCUCAGGCGAAUGCUGCUGCUUCUCAGGCGUAUGCUGUAGCUCCUCAAUUGAGAGCUGCAGUGUUCCAGCGCCCCAAGGGCACCCCCCAUUAAGAGUUCCACAUCGUGGAAGACUUCUGCAUCGAGAAC